GAAUUAAUUUAGAGUUAAAAAAUUCUGUUAUGGCACGCUAUGCUAUUUGGCAAUCUAAAGUUACUGUAAGAUUUGUGGUUAUACAGAAAUAUAAGACAAUGAAAUAUUAAUGUCCGAUUUUUGAAACUAGGUUAUUUCAUUUCUCCUAAAAUAUUAUGAGAGCUGUACUAAACAAGUCCCAUUAAUAAUAGAUAAGUAUUAUUACUUCAUACGUAAAUGGCGAUAUAGAAUGGACUUUGCUGGUUUAGGUUACAGAAAAACGGAAACAGUCCUAUUUGAACAGAAGAAUAGAUUAUAAGAUUAUCAAAACAAUAACACAGCCAACGACAAUUUAAAAAUAGAUGACGGUCUGGCCGCCAGUCCAGAAAUUAGUUUUGUCGUGAUCGUGAAUCCGUCAAGCAGAAAAAUAUUGUUUAAAUAGUAAAGAGGCGCAUGUGCAUUACUUGCAUAUGUUAUAAUGCGGCAAUUUUUUGCUUAUAAAAUAACAACUAUGCAGUUUCUGCUUCUGCUGCUAUCAGUCUAACGUAAUAUUAAAAAAGGGGCUUCUGGUGAAAACCUUUUAUUUUUGCACCAACGUUUAGUCUGCCAUACGCGUGACAUUAUCAGGCUAUAAGGCUACUUUUAGUCAUAUUCCGCCCGUAAAGGAGCAUAGACAGCAAACUUUCGUAAGACUAACAAGUCUAUAUAUAAAUAAAAUAACUAUUUUAAAGGAAAGUAAUAAUGAAAGCUCGAUAUGGUGCCGUGAAAAUCUUGUUUCUAACUGUUAUUUUAAAUUGGAUAACUUACUUUUCGCAAGCGGCAAGAGGCGGAAAAGCUGCGACGAAAGUUGGCGUUACCGCCAUGAGCCAACAGGUCUCGGGCGCUUCCACAGAUUCAGCCGCAUCUCAAACUUAUGACCCAGCGAACCCGACUUUGCAACAAAGUUUCAAUAUUUCUUUGGCGAGAAAUGUUAUGCAAGCUCUUAAGUAUAAACUUAUGAUUAAAGGAGGCUACGACAAAUCCGUACGACCAGUUAAAAACGCCACACACCCUGUGUUUGUGUAUGUUGAUUUCAGCUACAUUCAGCUGCUAAACAUGAAUGAAAAGGACCAAGUUUUAAAAAGCUUACUGAGGUAUAGGCUGUUUUGGGUUGACGAAUUCUUAACUUGGAACCCGGAAGAAUUUGAUGGAAUUAAAAGCGUUCGUUUGCCGGCGAACAGUUUUUGGAUUCCAGAUGUUGUAUGUUAUGAGGAGACGGGCGUUAUGGACUACACACCUCGUAUUCCUUAUGUCGAAAUCAACAACUUUGGUCUUGUAAGAUUUCUCCAACCUGUUGCAUACGAAACAACAUGCAGUGUUAACAUUGCUUACUUUCCAUUUGACCAGCAGACAUGCACGCUCACAUUUACUUCUUGGACAUUUCCUACAUCGAGUUUGGAUCUGAUGUCCAAGCGAUCAGCAGAUCAGAUGCAAGGCGAUAUCCCGCUGUAUUACGUUGCGACUGGGGAAUGGUUGCUGGAUAGAAUCGCUAUUGUAAAAGUGUCGCAAAGUUUCUCCACCGUUCUCCCUGCAGAUGGUGAUAACUCGUCCAGCGAAAUGCGGGAAGAACAAUUCAUUUUUAUGAAUCCUCAGAAAAAAGUUGCUGAAGUUCACCCAACUCGAGAUAAGGAACAUCACUGGUCCGAUGUUCGAUUCACUCUAACGUUUCGCAGAAAUUCUUCCUUAUACAUGCAGAGCAUGGUCUUCCCAGCUAUUCUUCUCACAACGAUUUCUCUUCUUGGUUUCUAUCUUCCUCCAGACAGCGGGGAAAGGAUCGGGCUUCAGAUUACUAUUAUGCUCACGUUCAUGGUAUUUUUACUCACUGUCGGCGGUAUGUUUCCUGCGUCAACUGGACCUUACUUGGGCAUUUACUUCGUUCUGUGCAUGACGUUGCUUGCAAUUAAUAUUCUUAUGACUGUACUGGUGCUACACCUGCAUCAUAUGCCGUGUGAAUCAAAAUCUAUAGAAAGCGAAGGAAAGAAAAUUCACCGUUUCAAACUGACCGCCAUACCAAGUUGGAUUCGUCUGUGUCUUUACAUGACACGAAAGCAUUCUGAUCUAAGUGAGUUCAAGUUGGAAGAUGAGAUCAUUCAAGGCGCAAGCACUACGUCGUCUGAAAAAGGUGACAGCCCAAAGAGCGAAUCGCCAAGAUCUGUCGAUCGCGAGCUCCCUCUAACGGUGGCAACAUUAUCUCACGACAACGAGUCAUUUGUGCACGAUUACAUCAGCGUCGAUAGAGAUAAAGUUAGAAAUCGGAACAAGACGGCUUGGAAACUUGGCGAUUCUGAACUGAAACCAGUUGAUAUUAACGAAGAGAGUCAAAACGUUGAUUCUAAUGAACCAGUACAAGCUACGAACUUUAACAUAGAUGAACCGACGACUUUACCUAGAAAAAGAGAAAUCCCUCUUCUUAAUGAAUUAAACAACGCAUUGGGUUCCAUACACGAAAGUAUGCAAGUGAUGUCUCGGUACCUCAGCUACCACAAUAAAGGAUUGAAAGAAAACAAGUUAGGAGAAGCAAUGCACGACAAGUGGAAGUCGCUGGCCCGGGACGUUGACUUGAUAUGCUUGCGGGUAUAUGUGGGACUGUUGGUACUUUUCCACAUGGGUAUUGUAAUAGCUGUUCUUGCAAGUCAAAACUUUAACGCGCAAUGAGAUCUUUUAGUAUUACACCAGUGGCAACGUAGAGAAGAGUGGGAGAAGAUGGGAUACCUUUUCAUUUGAUUUUAUCGUCCCAUUUGGUAGUAAACAAACAACAUUCAAUGAAUUAUAAAACCGUAUCUUCACGACUUCCACAGACCGUUGUUAAUUGUUUAAAACACGAUCACAAUAUUAGGAUAUUAAGGCUAUUAUGUCCUGUCUUUCCCCAUUCUACUGUAUUAAUUAGACUAACAUUAACGUGUAUUAAUUUGAGCUUUCCGUAUG